AUGUCUGACACAACCUACGACUACAUUAUAAUUGGCGGCGGUCUUGCAGGCUCAGCUCUUACCGGCCGCCUAGCUGAGCUCCAGCCUUCACGCUCUAUUCUCCUGCUCGAAGCUGGCGCUGAUGUUGCGGGUCACCCGCUCACCGGCUCGCCCAUGGCUUGUUUCGGUGCCCAUGGCUCCCCAUUAGAUUGGUCAUAUACAACUGUGCCACAGAAGCAUCUCGAUGGCCGCCAGUGCUAUAACGCUGCUGGUAAAGCUCUGAGCGGAGGUACCGCCACCAACUAUGGUACUUGGACGCGGGGUAACGCCGUAGACUAUGAUCUAUGGGCUCAACUCGUCAAUGAUGAUGCUUGGAGCUACAAGGGUCUCCUGCCAUACUUCAAACGCUCCGAGACCCAUUGGGACAAAAACGCAGACACCUCUGUACACGGUACCUCUGGUCCUAUCCACAACGCAACUGUCAAAUCCAGCAGCAAUGACCGAAAGUACCCCCUACGCGAACCAGUGCGCGCGGCCUGGUCUCAACUUGGCAUUGAAGCCAUUGAGGAUGGCAAUGCCGGUUAUCCAAAGGGUUUGGCCCCGCUGGCAGAAAACUGGCGCGAUGGUCAACGUCAGCUCGCCAGUGAAGCUUACGGAAUCAAAAACAAGUCUAAUGUAGCUAUUAAAACCGAAACACCCGUCAAGCGUGUCCUUCUCGCGGAAAAGAACGGGAAGAAGAUCGCGACAGGCGUCGAGCUUCUUGACGGGACAACCCUCAACGCCUCACGAGAGGUAAUUGUAUCUUCGGGUGCCUAUAGAACCCCUCAGGUCCUGUUGCUUUCAGGAAUUGGCCCCUCAGAUGAGCUCUCAAAACACAGCAUCCCCGUGGAAGUUGACUCCCCAGAGGUUGGCAAGAACUUCCACGAUCAUUUCUCCCUCAAUCAGUGGUGGAAGGUUCGAAGCCCAGAAAAAGGCCUUUCAAUUGGUACUCCCCUCUGGAAUAGCCCCGCAUAUGGACUGGGACUUCCCUCCAACUGGGUCGCGACGGUGCAGGCACCACGCGCCGAGCUAGAGCAAGCAUUACAAACCGACGGCGUCAGCGGCGCGGAGAUAGAGACCCACCCUUAUCUAAAACCCGAUUUCUGCCACAUCGAGACUCUGAUUGUAUACGCGCCUGCAGGCGCUGCUGUGGCUGGCGUCGAGGUGCCAAUGGACGGUACAUACAUUGCCUCAGCUGUAUUGGGAGUCACCCCCACUUCGCGUGGAAGUAUCACCCUCUCGUCAGCGGAUCCCACAGCCGUCCCACUCAUUGAUCCUAAUUAUUACGCCACCGAAGUGGAUCGUGCCGCUUUGCGGGCGGGUGUGCGACAAGUUACCAAGCUUUUCCGGGAUACCCCCGAAGGACAGGAGAUGGUUUUGGAGGAGUUGCCGCGUCCAGGCUUGUCUGCUUUGAGCUCUACUUCUAGCGAUGAAGAACUUGACAAGCUUAUCAAGGCUGGUGGUGCUACUUUCUAUCACCCGGCUGGUUCAGCUGCGAUGGGUAAGGUGGUUGAUACGCAGCUUCGCGUGAAUGGUGUUGAGGGGUUGCGUGUUGUGGAUGCUAGUGUGUUGCCAUUGUCGUUGGCUGGUCAUUACCAGGCUGUGCUUUAUGCAGUUGCUGAAAAGGCCGCUGACUUGAUCAGCUCGGCGUGA